CAAUGUCAAUGUGAGGCGUAUAUUUGAAUUCAAUAUCAUUUUUUAACUUUACACCGAGAUCAACUAUUGUUUUCAAAGUUAUUCUAUAUAAGAGAACAAACUGUGCACAGCAUAUGAAUGUUUAAUAAAUACUUAGGUAAAUAUUUGUGAAACAGAAUGGCAGAUCUGUCAAUAUCCCUUUACCAUUAUUUGUGCAAAAACAUAGUCGGAACAGAAAAUCACGUAAAAACAAUUCGAUUAAUGAAUACAGUUUGCGAUCAUUUAUCCAGUGAAGACAACAGAGUGUAUAUUACCAGUGGUAGUUUUGGUGAAGGACUGGAGAUGCGUGGUAGUGAUAUAGAUAUUAUGUUUGUAUUAAAACGUAUCGAAGUCAAUGAAAAAAUAAUAUCUCAUUUUUUCAAUCCUAAAAAAACGUAUUUUUCACUGAAGACAGAAGAUACAAAACCAGGUUUUGCAAUGUUAUGUCUCAUAAGUAGUCCAUCUCACCAAAUGGUAGACAGUUGUGAAACAUACAGAAUGGACAAUUAUUUGUCAAAUGCUUUAUUCAAAAAGCGAUAUUUAAACGAGGCUAGUCCUGUUGAACAUGGACCGUGCGUAUCCGACACCGAUGGUCUUACUGACCUUGCUCAUUGCCUUCAUAGUAAAUUUUGGGUCAAGUCCGCAUCAGGAUGGAUUUCGAGGUCAAAUAAGUUGUGGCCAAAUGAAAGCACAAAGCAGAUAAUAACCAAUUACGGGGUGCUUUUCGUACCAAUUGGUGAUAAAGGGUCACCGCACGAAGAAUUAGAAUGGCGAAUUUCAUUUUCAGUUGGAGAAAAACUUCUUAUUUAUACGUUUAGUCAUACACAGUUACUUUGUUACGCGCUGAUGAAAAUUCUUUUAAAGGAUGUAAUAAAUACUAAUAGUAAAUGUAAAGAUUUAUUGUGUUCUUAUUACCUAAAGACAAUAAUUUUAUGGAUAUCAGAAGAAGUACAACCCUCUGUAUGGACACCUGACAAUUUGAUACCGUGUUUUAUGAGAUGUUUCAGUCGGCUGAUUUAUUGUGUGCAGUAUCAAGUUUGUCCGCAUUAUUUCAUUCCAGAAAACAAUUUGUUUGAGAAUAAGAUUGGCGGACUGGAUAGGGUUAAUUUAAUUGAUACACUUCGUGUGUUAUUUAGGUAUGGAUGGCGAUGUAUUUUAUUCUCUAAACAAAUAUCACAUGUUCCGAUUUUGUCAAACAACGUCCAAAAUGAUCAAAGUUUUUUGUAUUAUGAUGAUCUUAACAAACUGUUAAAGUCAAGUACAUUUGUACGCGUUACGUCUUUGACAGAUAAACACUAUAACUUCAGUAGAGUUGUACAUAAAAUUAUUUCAUGUAACUCUAAGAAAUUAAAAUUCAUUCAUGACUAUUUCAUGUCAAUGGUGUGCAACUUAAAAUGCCAGUCGAUAUAUCUGAGAAGUACAAUCAGAAAUAAGAAUCAAUAUAUACAACACAAAACGUGUCUGAGUUAUCUACUAAUGAGCAUCAACCAUGAUACUGUAUCUGGAUGGUUUAUGCUUGCGUCGUUUUUCUACAAGGAAAAACAAUAUAAAGAAUGUGGCAUACUGAUUUUGUACGCAUUAUCAAAGUGUACACUUGACAAACUAAUCCGUGGAACAGAAUUGUCAAUCACGCAACGUCUUCUUGUCAAGUGGAACUUGAUAUAUAAGCAAGGAGUGGUGCGCUCGUUAAAAUUUGUGCUGUUAGAUAAUGUCAUUUUUGCAACUUCCGCAUUUAUUCCUAUGGAACUGCUAAUAGAAGAAAGUGGUUAUGAAAUACCGCCUGUAGUAUAUGCACAUUUUUUGUCUUUCCUGUGUCAUUACCACAUGAACAAUGUGCGAGCAUAUCGAAAUUCCCUCCGAGAUCUUCAAUUGACAAUAGCCGAAGACUAUUUUAUGGGAAAGGAUAAAUGCCCUAAAGCAUUAUCUUACUACUGUCUUGGCACUGCUUUACAGUUAAUGGGAGAUAAUGUAUCAGCCCAAAUAGCUUUCACUGAAACUGUGAAAUUAUUAUAUCCAUAUCCUUUCUUGAUUAGACCAUUAAAAAGACUUUCUAUUAUUACCUCCUUGUGAACAAAGAUAUCUUAUUCAAUAAAUGUACGCACCUUAUUAUUUUGUAACAGUAAUGGUACUAAUUUAAUUGUUAACUUACUUACUUACAAAUUUAGAAAUUUACAAUCAUAUGGAAUAUUUUGUUCGUAUUGUACAUGUAAACCGACGCUGCAGUUGCUUAUGGUCGGUUACAUAAACUUGUGUUGUGAAUUCGUUGAAAUCGAAUGGAUUGAUAAAAGUUUUCAAAGACUAGUACAUGCUCAUUUCCAGUGAAUACCUGGAAUAAGGAUGAAACAAUCUUUAAAAAUAUAAAAAAAAAGAGUUCACGAGCUUUAUCCACAUGCGGAUAACAAACGUUUAUGCGUUCAGAAAAGGCUGAUAUCGCAAGAAAUUUGAGUUCUUGAAUAAACAGCAUAUGUUCAUAAUGUAUAUUGAGUAAAUAACAAAGACAUUGGAACGUUGCGAAACGGAACGAAGAACAACGAGCAUAAGAACAUCGUAAAGAAUUUGAACCAAAAUUUGUAUUUGUUUUCAAAUUAAAAGUCCUUUUACUUGAAUUGCACUACCUUCAUGAUUUUUAUAUACAUGUACCAUGAUUCCCUAUGUUUUAAGUCUAACAUUGUAUCUUUAAAAAAAUGUAACCCUUCUUUGAAUACUGUUGCAUUGAUAGUCGU